AUGGGCGUCGUCGUCUGCCACGGCAAGGGAGCACAGUUCUACGUCAAAGGCGCCAGCAAGAUCUUGUUUGACAAGGGUCGCAGCCAUGUAGUCGUUCACAAGCCAGGGGAGGGCGAAGGCGGCAACGAGGAUGAGAUCGAGACGGCUGGAUUCAACGACGAUGAUAAGGAGAACGUUUCGAGGACUAUCACUUUCUACGCUGGCCAAUCACUCCGGACUAUCGCGAUCUGCUACAGGGACUUCGAACACUGGCCACCCACCGAUGCAGCUCUCGGUGAGGACGGCGAGAUCCCCUACGACACCCUUGCGCGCGACCUUUGCCUUAUCUCCAUCACCGUUAUCGAGGAUCCCCUCCGUCAAGGCGUCCGCAAAGCCGUCGCAGACUGCAUUCGUGCCGGCGUCCAGGUCAAGAUGUGCACCGGCGAUAACGUUCUUACGACUCUCAGCAUCGCACGUCAGUGUGGUAUCUACUCGCCCGGUGGCAUCGUCAUGGAAGACCCUGUAUUCCGCUCUCUCCCGCCGCUUGUUCAGGCGCAGGUCGUUCCCCGUCUUCAGGUUCUCGCUCGCUCCAGACCCGAGGACAAGCGCGUUCUCGUUGCCACGCUCAAGCGCCUCGGCGAGGUUGUUGGUGUUAUUGGCGACGGUACCGACGAUGGUCCCGCGCCGAAGACGGCCGACGCUGAAUUCACCAUGGGUAUCGCCAGCACAGAAGUCGCGAAGAAGGCCAGUGAUAUCAUCCUCAUGGACGGUAACUUCGCCAGCAUCGUCAAGGCUGGCAUCGUGUGGGGACGUGCGGAUAACGACGCUGUCCGCAAGUUCUUGCAGUUCUAG